AUGGUCUACUUCAAUCGCCCGCACCAUGAAACUUUUGACAAUGUCACGUACCAGACAUUUUACGAGAAGUUCAUGGUGCACACUAAGCGCCCACGUACUGCGGAAUUGUACGAACACCCCGAUGGCCAUCACUUUGUAACGACUCGCCAGCGUGGUGAGAAGGUAUGUAGGUUGAUGUGGGUCUCUCCCAACCGAGGAGAACAAUACUACCUUCGUAUUCUACUUAUGUCUACACCUUGCCGUGGUUACGUUGAUCUUCUGGCUCGUGGCGGUCCUGGUUGCCGGACGUUUCAGGACGUAGCCCGCAAUCUCGGCCUGGUGGAAGACGAAGAAGAAUACAAUCACGCGCUGCGCGAGGCAUCUACGUUUAUGACUGGACCUAGGCUCCGUUCCUUCUUCGUGAUCCUCUGCAACAUGGGAGCUCCCGCUGCUCUUCUGUGGGAGUCUUUCAAGAACCACCUUAGCGAGGAUCACUUAGAAAGGAACCCUCUCGACCCUGAACUGGCGGUGAAACUUACCUUGAUAGACAUCGAUCGGAGCCUCCGCCAGCAGGGAUCGUGCUUGAAAGAUCAUGGACUCCCCUACGUCGAGGAUGACACGACUGAGUUAGGUAGAGAGCUACUCAACUACGGCGAGAACCUCCAGCGAACCAUCGUUGAGGACUGGGUGCCCAAACUCUCCCCAGACCAGCGCCGUGUGUUUGAGUACGUUCGCUCUCUGCUUCUCAACCCCCGUGACCGACGCACUUCUAGAAUCAUAUUUCUGGACGGUCCCGGGGGUUAUGGGAAGACCUCUCUGAUUCGUGUCAUCCUUGCGUAUGUCCGUGGUUGUCGACAGGUUGCACUCGCCGUGGCUAGCUCAGGGAUUGCUGCAAGGAACAUGGAUGGAGGAACAACAGCACAUAGCAUGUUCCGACUCCCUCUAGACCUAGGUCACGGCACAGGUGUGUGGAACAUCACCAACGGGUCCCAGCGAGCAGAACUCAUCAGAGCAGCACAGCUCAUUGUGUUUGAUGAGGCCCCGAUGGCACACCGCUACAUCUUCGAGAUGAUCGACAGAUCCCUCCGGGAUCUCAUGAAUAGUAGUGUGCCAUUCGGGAAUAAGAUCUUCAUCUGCUCCGGGGACUUCCGUCAGAUUGCGCCCGUCGUUGAGAAGGCUCGCACACCAGCUGAUGUCGCGUGCGUGUCACUUCGGGCGUCACAUCUGUGGCGACUGUUCACACUAUUUUCCCUGACGACACCCCAGAGAACUAGUGGUUCCAUUGACUACUCCAACUUCCUCCUUGGAGUAGGCAAUGGAACAAUAAAAUCCUUUACUUUUUGGAGAAGGCCGCGAGAGAGAGGUCUCUCAUUCCCCUCACUGGGGUGA